CAGCAGAGCUGCAGUCGAGACAAGUCUCUCUGUUUCUCUGUAAAGAAACAUUCAACUGAAUCCAGCAGCUUUUUCUCAACAACACAGCAGAAUCUCUGACAAACACUGAGUGUAGACAUGUCUGCUGCCAGCUGUCUGCUGACUGAAGAUCAGUUUCUGUGCUCCAUCUGUCUGGAUGUGUUCACUGAUCCAGUCAGCACACCAUGUGGACACAACUUCUGUAAAACCUGCAUCACUCAACACUGGGACGUUAAUGUCCAGUGUCAGUGUCCAAACUGUAACAAGGUUUUUAACACCAGACCUGAGCUGCAGAUCAAUACUUUCAUCUCUGAGAUGGCUGCUCAGUUCAGACAGUCAGCUCAACAGAAAGCCAGAAACAGAAGCUCAGAGCAACAAGCUGAUAAACCAGCAGAAGUUCCCUGUGACGUCUGCACUGGAACCAAACUGAAGGCCAUGAAGUCCUGCCUGGUGUGUCUGGUCUCCUACUGUGAGACUCACCUGGAGCCUCAUCUGACAACGUCAGGCCUGAAAAGACAUCAGCUGAUCGACCCUGUGGAGAACCUGGAAGGCAGGAUGUGUACGAAGCACGAUAAACUGAUGGAGCUGUUCUGUAAGACCGACCAGAUGUGUGUCUGCAUGUUCUGCACUGUUUUAGACCACAAGACACAUGAUGUUGUUCCUCUGAAAGAAGAAUAUGAAGAAAAGAAGGUUGAGCUGGAGAAGACUGAGGCUGAAAUUCAGCAGAUGAUCCAGAAGAGACGACUGAAGAUUCAGGAGAUCAAACACUCAGUGGAGCUCGGUGAGGAAGAUGCAGACAGAGAGAUAGCAGAUGGUGUUCAGGUCUUCACCGCUCUGAAGGAGUCUGUUGAGAGAAGCCAGGCCGAGCUCAUCGACACGAUCAAAGAGAAGCAGAGAAAGACAGAGAAACAGGCUGAAGGCUUCAUCAAAGAGCUGGAACAGGAAAUCUGUGAGCUGAAGAAGAGAAGCACUGAGGUGGAGCAGCUCUCACGCUCUGAAGACCACCUCCUACAGAGCUUCACGUCCCUUAAAGCUGCUCCACCCACCAAGGACUGGACAGGAGUCAGAGUCAGUCCACCUUCAUAUGAGGGGACUGUGGUGAGAGCUGUGAACCAGCUGGAGGAGACGCUCAGUAAACAGAAGAAGAAGCUGUUUGAGGCCGAGCUGAAGAGAGUCCAGCAGUCUGCAGUGGAUGUGACACUUGAUCCUGAUACAGCUCAUCCCACACUCAUCCUGUCUGAUGAUGGAAAACAAGUUAAACAUGGUGAUGUAUGGAAGAAUCUCCCAGACAAUCCAAAGAGAUUUGAUCCUAGUGCUAUUGUUUUAGCAAAGCAGAGUUUCUCUUCAGGAAGAUUUUACUACGAGGUUCAGGUUAAAAGGAAGACUAACUGGUUUUUAGGAGUGGCCAGAGAGUCGAUCAACAGGAAGGGAAAAAUCACAGCGACUCCUCAGAAUGGUUACUGGACGAUAUGGUUGAGGAAUGAGAAUGAGUACAAAGCUUGUGCUGACCCAUCGGUCCGUCUCUCUCUGAAGUCUCAGCCUGAGAAGGUGGGGGUGUUGGUGGAUUAUGAGGAGGGUCUGGUCUCCUUUUAUGACGUUGAUGCUGCAGCUCUUAUCUACUCCUUUACUGGCUGCUGCUUCACUGAGAAACUCUACCCAUUCUUUAUUCCAUGUCUUAAAGAUGGUGGUAAAAACUCUGCCCCUCUGAUCAUCUCUCCUGUCAAUCACACUGAGUAGAACAACCAGUUGAUUUUCUUCAUCAAAACGCCUUCAUUAAAUGUAACAAAUCUAUAUUAUUGGUGAUGUACGAGGUAAACAUCAUUGAUUUUUCACAUUCUGAUCCAAUCGUUUUUUUGUGAUUCUUUUGUAAAUACUCGUACGUUGCUUAAAUAUCUGGGUGCCAAAUCCAAAUGUUUUAUUGUCUUAUUAUUGCAGAUAUAAGUUUUUCAUAAUACAUUUAGUUUUUUACUUAAUGGUUUUAGUUUUUAUCAUUUCCAACUUUAGGGAUCUCUGUCUGUUAUGUAUUUAGGGGUAAAUAUAAGAUGAAUUCAUAAUUCAUAUUGGCACAAAAUUAAUCAACAAAAUCAGAUAAUACAACAUUCAGCUGCUGUGGUGUUUUCCCACAAUGUGAACAAAUCCUCAACGGAAUAAAAACUGAAAGUUUCCACUGGAUUUGUCUCUUUUCUUUUUAUUUAAGUAGAUGCUUUUACUUACCUUUACUAUUUCCAUGUUCUGCUACUUAAUACUCCUCCAUUACAUCUCAGAGGUAAAUAUUGUACUUUUUACUUCAUUUGUCUGACAGCUUUAGUUUCUUCUCAGAUGACAGUUCUUCAUCCCCUUCCUGUCCAGGUAAAACCACGUAUCUCCAGAUGUGUUGAUGUUGAAUGUUUGUGAUGAACUGA